GCAGUGGACGCGGCCCGUGUGUCAAGAAUCGAAACCAAAUAUGUUUCACAAGCGACAACAAAAGAGAACUCAGCUUUUAUAACGUAGUGGGAAUCAUAAAUCACUGCUCUUUAUAUUCGCAUGAGGAAGAGCAGAUUUGUAGUCCUUUUGGUUUCAUAAAUGAAAUGGCGGGAGGUAACGUUAGCGUACAAGGCAGCAGAAGGGAUAGUGUGUGACAGGAGACUCAGGGGCUGACAGCAGGAUGGCCCACUUUGACACAGAGUACCAGCGCCUGGAGGCGUCCUACAGUGACUCUCCUCCCGGUGAAGAGAAUCUGCUGGUGCAUGUUCCAGAGGGAUCCAAAUCUCCAUGGCACCACAUUGAAAAUCUGGACCUUUUCUUCCAGAGAGUCUAUAAUCUACACCAGAAGAAUGGAUUUACUUGUAUGCUGCUGGGAGAAAUAUUUGAGCUUGUGCAACUGGUGUUUGUGGUGGCAUUCACGGUGUUCCUGGCUAACUGUGUGGACUAUGACAUCCUCUUUGCCAACAAGUUUGUUAAUCACACUGAUUCCUCAAAGGUUACGCUUCCUGAUGCAUUUCUUCCAGUGGAUGUGUGCAGUGCUCGGAUCCGUGACAAUGUUUUUGCCAUCUUCAUCCUUAUCAUAUCAGGGGUCUUUUGGCUCCACCGUCUCAUCAAGUUUAUCUACAACAUCUGUUGUUACUGGGAGAUCAGAUCGUUUUACAACAAUGCCCUAAAAAUGUCCAUGACAGACCUUUCUUAUUUCACCUGGCAGGAGGUUCAGGGAAGGAUUAUUGAGAUCCAGAAGGAGCACCAGAUUUGCAUCCACAAAAAAGAACUGUCAGAGCUUGACAUCUACCACCGCAUCCUGCGUUUUAAAAACUACAUGGUCGCGAUGGUCAAUAAGUCACUCCUACCGGUGCGUUUUCGUUUGCCUCUGCUGGGCGACUCUGUUUUUUACACUCGGGGUCUCAAGUAUAACUUUGAGUUGAUUUUCUUCUGGGGCCCUGGAUCCCUUUUUGAAAACGAGUGGAGUCUGAAGCCGGAGUACAAACGUGGAGGGAACCGUUUGGAGCUAGCGGAUCGUCUGAGCUCAAGGAUCUUGUGGAUUGGAAUUGCCAACCUUCUCUUGUGUCCAGUUAUCCUGAUUUGGCAGAUUCUUUAUGCGUUCUUCAGCUACACUGAGGUGAUCAAGCGGGAGCCGGGAAGUCUGGGUGCUCGAUGUUGGUCCCUGUAUGGCCGUUUUUACCUCCGACACUUUAAUGAACUAGACCAUGAGCUGAUGUCACGCCUCAGCAAGGGCUACAAGGCCUCCUCGAAGUACAUGAACUGCUUCAUGUCACCAUUACUGACGGUGGUGGCUAAGAACGUGGCGUUCUUUGCUGGCUCCAUACUAGCCGUUUUGAUUGCUUUGACCAUUUAUGAUGAAGAUGUAUUGGCUGUCGAACACGUGCUCAGCAGUAUUACAUUACUUGGGAUCUGCAUCACAGUCUGCAGGUCUUUUAUCCCAGACAAGCAUAUGGUGUUCUGCCCAGAACAGCUGCUUAAAGUGAUCUUGGCACACAUCCAUUACAUGCCUGAUCAUUGGCAGGGUAAUGCCCACCGUUAUGAGACCAGAGACGAGUUCUCACAGCUCUUUCAGUACAAGGCUGUAUUUAUUCUUGAGGAGCUGUUGAGUCCUGUCGUCACUCCCUUCAUUCUAAUUUUUUGCUUGCGGCGUAAAACUCUAGAGAUCAUCGAUUUUUUCCGAAACUUUACAGUGGACGUGGUCGGCGUGGGCGAUACUUGCUCUUUUGCACAGAUGGAUGUCCGUCAACAUGGUCAUCCUGCGUGGAUGUCUGCUGGGAAAACAGAGGCCUCCAUCUAUCAGCAAGCAGAAGACGGGAAGACUGAACUGUCACUCAUGCACUUCGCUAUCACAAAUCCACACUGGCAGCCCCCUCGGGAGAGCACGCAUUUCAUCAGCCUUCUGAAAGAGAAGGUGCACCGCGAGGCCGCCGCAGGACAGCAGGGAAUCAUAGCAGAGAAUCCGGCAUUUACCUCAACCCAUUCACUACAGUCUGAUUCAGAGCCUCGCAGUCUUAUUGCAAAUCUCCUGAUGGGACCCCCUUCCCUGGCCUCGCUGCAUAUGGGUCGAGAGGGCACUAUCAAUCCUGUGUCCAUUGGAGUGAGUGAGGGGGCAUCCGCCCUCCGAUCGCUCUCUCCUGUGAGCACGAGUCUACACCUGCGGGGCAGCUACCCAUCUGCCAGACUGCCACGACCUGACCAUCCAGUUGUGGUGGCUGGCAGACCAAUGACAGGCUCAAGCACUGAUGCCCGAACCAUCAGCUCUGGCAGUAGUGCCUGGGAAGGUCAGCUGACCAGUAUGGUCCUAUCAGAAUACGCCUCCACAGAGAUGAGCAUUCAUGCCCUCUACAUGCAUGAGAUGCACAAGCAGCAGUCACGAGGUGAGGUGUCUCGACACACCUGGCACAGACAGGAGAGUGACGAGAGCAGUGAGAGUGUCAAUGAGGACAUAGAAGCUGCCCGCACCUUCCCCCGUUCCAGCACUUUCCCAACCACCUCACACCAGGCGGGGGCAGCACAGCAGAGCGGCAGCCAGCGGCGCUGGGGCGGAACCUCAGAUCCUGUUUCUGGAAGCUUUCGAGCUCAGAGAACGCCUCGUAUGCCUAUGGGUGGCUGGUCUGAGGAGAACCAAAUGAGCAGACAUCACGACCCAGUGCCCGAGGAGGGGUCUGAGGACGAGCUACCACCACACAUCCAUAAGGUGACUUAACAGGUGUAUCGUAGAUGAAGGACUCGAGAGACUUACAGCAUCCAUUUAACUCUGGACACUGAUGAAAAAAAAAAGAAAUCAUAUUUAUUUACUCUUGGACAAAACUCAAGUCUGAGCUUAAUUACUGUAUGUCACAGAGUGGCAUCAUAUCAAAUUUCAAGAUGCGUUGUAAUGGUUUGAGCUUCUGUGGGAAUGAGACAAUGAACAACAUUAUCAAAAUACUCAAUUAUUCAUAGUUCUCACAGAUUGAUCCAUUUGAGAGAAGUUCUGUAAAAUAUUUCAUUGUGAAUGAGAAAGUCUAAACGGUCAAAUAUGAUUGCGUUCAGCUAACCUUGACAUUUCGUUCUCGUCAAAAAGUAAAGGUUGUUGUUGAUGUAGGAAAUAUGUGCUUAGAAUUUUUGAACUUCUUUGAAUAAUUUUGAUAGGAGGAAGAAAUAUUUAUAAUAUGCAAUGUGCCAUUAUGAAUUUUAAGCUUUGCAAACUUAGAUUUCAUUGUCAAUCCCAUAUUUCUGUGAGAGGGGAAAACCACUGACCAUCAUUCAUGUCUGGCACUGUAAAAAUUAUGCAUGCUCUUUCUUAGUUUUUAUUAUUUGCACAAUAUCAAGUGAGUAUGCACUUUAUAAUUUUUUCAGAUCCAAAGGAUGACUCAAAGGUUUUGGAGAAAUCAGACUUGUUUUUAUUAACAUGCAGUUUUAAAGGAAGGUGUAUAUUUAUUUCUAUAGGAUAAAACCCCAGGAUUUUUUUGUUUAUUUAUCGUGUUUCAGGUGAAUAAAAUGUGAGAAUGAUGGAGUUGUGUAUAGCAUUAUGUGUUACAGAUAUCUCAGGACUGGCUUGUUUUUGGCACUGAAGUUGCCCAGAAAGUGCAUGACACAUCCUCAAACCCAGAACUGCUAAAGGGAAUAAACCAACCUUUGGGUAGUUUGUGUGACUCUAAAGAUUUUGAAUUUCAUUCAUAGAACAUUAAUACAUAAAAAAAACUGACACCAUUUCUCAUAUCUCACACUGCUCGCAUACAUUGUGCUUAAGAGAGUGUUCAAGGUGCAAAUUGUGCAUGAUCCUAGACUUUAUACUUGUAUGUGUUUGUAAUAAUUGGCCUGUAAAAUGCUUCUCUGAACUUAACUAGUCCAUCAACUGCAUCUGUGCAUUUUCGAUUGUCUUUUGUUUUCAGUUUUCUAGACUGUCGUAUAUUUACAUUUUGUACAGUUUAAAUUCAUCAAUAAAAUAUAUUUAAUA